GGCAUGGAGCCCAUGUGCUGGUCCAGCUUCAUGACCAGCAGUAUGCAGCUGGCCAAAGAGUGUCUAAGCCAAAGACUCACUGAUGAUCAGGGAGAGAGCUUGCAACCUCUGGAGGGUCUGGAAAAGUUUGCAGAGACUAUUGAGACAGUGUUGAGGAGAGUCAAGGUCACUUUUGUGGAUACUGUCCUGCGGAUGGAACACGUUCCUGAAAAUUCUAAAACUGGCAUUGCCCUCGAACUCCGAAUCAAUAA